AUGAGGAUGUUGCAUUUGACGUUGGGAUCAUUGAUCAACACUUUUGAUUGGAAAUUUCAAAAUGAUGUGAACCCAGAUAUCGACGUUGUCUCUCGUUCUCUCUCUGCAUUAGCUACGAUGCAAGAUCAAGACCAAACUUCGUCUUCUUCCUCUGCAGCAAGCAUGCCAGAAGAAGCGGAAUCAACCCAGCUGCUCAUGGAAAAGAGGAAACUGAAAACCUCAGAUGGAGAGAUCAUCGAAGUGGAAAAAUGGAUCGUGGACGAGAUGAAGGUUGUGAAAUGCUUCCUUGAUACCGGGGAGAUCGACCACUCCGUCGCAAUUCCGGUUCCCAACGUCACCAGCAGCAUUCUCAGGCAGAUAAUCGAGUUGCAGGUCAAAAAAUUCGACGAAGGGCUCGUGAAGACGCUGAGCCACGAGGACUUGAAGCAGCUGCUCUUGGCUGCGAACUACCUGGAGAUGACGGACGUUAUUUCUUUUGUUGCCAAGACCAUCGCAGACAUCAUCAAAGAUAAGACUCCCAAAUUCGUGAGGAAGUUUUUCGGCAUUGUGAAUGAUUUCACACCUGAGGAAGAAGCUAAAUUGCGUGAAGCCAACGCAUGGGCCUUCAAGGACAUCGAAACCAAGUUCAUAGCCAUUUCCGGAGCCUCCUUCACCACAACCUUGCAA